AAACAGAAGCCGCUGGAAACUGUCCAAUAAUUCUUUUCCCUGCCAAUUGGCGCGUGACGUUGAAGAUACCAUAUGGACGGUGAUAAUACAGAUAUCCCAAGGCCGCAUAAACGGGCUAGGCUUGAAGCCGAAGAAGCUUCUAAACCAGAAAAUGGAGCUGUUCCUGAAGGAAGUGAGGAAGAAUCGUCUUCCGAUGAUGAUGUAGGGCCAGCGCUCCCUUCUGCCGCGCCGAAGAAGAAGCGUCGUGUCCUACCGUACGAAAAGCUCUACAUAUCCUCAUUACCAAGCUCGCCGCGAUAUUCGAAAUCUCUGAUGCACAAAGACCAACUUUCCUUUGUCACGAUAACACCUUUUACGGAUUUUUUGAUCACCAGCUCCAUCGAUGGCGUCGUAAAGUUUUGGAAGAAGGUCGUCUCGGGAAUUGAGUUUGUCAAGGAAUUUAAAGCGCACUUGGCCGAGAUCAAGGCCGUCAGUGUCAGUACGGAUGGAAGGAGCUUUGCGACCGCGGGCGGUGAUCGCACUGUGAAGAUAUUCGACGUUAUAACAUUCGAUCUCUUGGCCAUGCUCACGCUAGAAAUUACUCCGAAAUCUCUAUGUUGGGUGCACAAGAAGGGAGCAUCACUGCCGCUUCUGGCCGUCUCGGACGAAGUAACGCACUCAAUACACAUCUUUGACGGGCGAGGAGAGAACCCUACGCCAAUACAUACGAUAACGAGCUUGCAUCGAAGCCCCAUAUGCGCUAUGGCCUUUAAUGAUACGUUUGACUGCGUGGUCUCGGCGGAUGAUAAUGGCAUGCUGGAGUACUGGACACCGCAUGGCAGUUAUGACAAACCAGAUAAUGUCUUUGAGUUCAAGAGUUCCACCAAUUUGUUUGACUUUAAAAAGUCAAAAUCCGUUCCGACAUCCAUUACCAUUUCUCCAGACGGCUCAAGAUUUGCCACCUUCUCCUUCCCGGACCGAAAAGUCCGCGUGUUCGAUUUUGCUACAGGAAAACUUUAUCGUACUUACGACGAGUCGCUGAUGACUCUUACUGAAAUGCAGCAGGCUGGCACUGCGCUUCAGAAACUUGAGGACGUUGAGUUUGGCAGACGCCUUGCUGUUGAGCGAGAACUCGAGAAUCCUGCCGUGCGCUACAGAAUCAAUGUUAUCUUUGACGAAUCCGGUCACUUUAUUCUCUAUGGCUCGUUGCUCGGCACAAAAGUAAUCAACACCUUUACAAACCGCGUGGUGCGGGUAUAUGGCAAAGACGAACCAUUCCGCGCGCUCAAUUUGGCUCUUUACCAAGGCCAGCCUCAGAAGAAAGGACUCGUCACGGUAUCUAUGGCUGCCAGUGCAAACCCUCUCCUCCAAGACGCCGAAGCUCGCGAUCCCAUGCUCAUCACCACUGGCUCUGGCAAAGUUCGGUUCUACAUCUUUACAAAUGAAGAAGAAAUCAGCAAAUCCGAGCGAGACGUCCAGAAUGAAAAGCCUCGGAACCUCAAUGCUCGACAACAGCUUGAAGCCAAGCCUGCGCAGACGGGCUCAGGUGCCGUGCUGCACACCACCUACGGCGAUAUUCGCAUUCGAUUAUAUCCCGAAGCUGCGCCCAAAGCGGUCGAGAACUUUGUCACCCACGCAAAGAACGGUUACUACAAUGAUGUUAUCUUCCACCGAGUAAUUCGCAAGUUUAUGAUCCAGACCGGCGACCCCCUCGGCGACGGCACAGGUGGCGAAAGCAUCUGGGGCCGCGAAUUCGAAGACGAAUUCUCAACACUAAAGCACGACAAGCCGUAUACAGUCAGCAUGGCAAACGCCGGCCCCAACACCAACGGGUCACAAUUUUUCAUUACCACCGAGAAAACACCAUGGUUAGACAACAAACACACCAUUUUCGGACGAGCAGUCCAGGGUCUGGACGUGGUGCAUCGGAUCGAGAACACGCGAGUGUACAAGGAGCGACCAGAGGAAGAUAUCAAGAUCAUCAAUAUUUCUAUUGUAUAAUUAGUUUUUAAAUACUCAAUACCUCAAAUCAUCACGCCACAAAGUUAGAAAAGCGGGA